CCCUCCUCUUUGUGGUGACUAGACAGUCAGAGCAGAGAACCAAAACAGAAGCAUACACCAUCGGCCCUUUCCAGUCCUUCACUGCCCAGGUUGACAUUCACUGUGAAGCCCCAAGCCCUGGAGUGAGGAACCAGCCCACAAACCCACAAGAAAACAACAAGUGAAGGCGUCCCUCUCUGCCCCCCAUCACCAGCAGCAGCAAAAGGAGGAGGAAACAUCCUUCUCUCCCACCACGCAACGCGACCUUCAUCCGUAACGCAAGCUUCAUCCGCAACAUAAAACCGUCACGAUGGACCCGCAGUCUGCUCACGCCUUUUCGUCCUCCAAACACGUUCCUCCAGACAAAGAGCCCGGAGAUCCACAAACAACAGCACCAGCUCACUUUGUGUCUCCCCCAAGCCCUCCUACCAUACUUUCCUGGAUCCAAACCACCCCUCAGCCUGAUUCUCUGUCUGACAGCACUGAGGAGGCCAGCUCGCAGAUCCGCUCCAACGCCAUCGCUCUGAUUCGUGAGCGUACCGUGUCGCGACUGUCCCCAGCGAAGACAGCUUAUCCGUUCGUCAUGGCAGAUGGUCAAGCAGGAGGCAAGCCGGCGAGCCUCCCAGCCGCGCCAGUGGAGCCUGUAUCCGGAUCGAAGGCCAGUAAGAAGCGAGGCUAUCCAAAGAAGAACAAGUACAACAAAAAGAAGAACAAGAAGCACGGCGCUGCAGGCGAUGCCGGAGUCGAGUCGACCGAGACGAGCAGCGUGUCUGAGGGAGUAGAGCUGCCGGGACAGUCUUCCACGGAUGUGAGAUCAUCGAGUCGUGAAUCCUCGGCUGCAUCGAUGAAAGGUAGUCCGGGGAAGUUGUCUGUGCCUGCCAGCGGUCUGAAGGAGUCGAUCAGCAGUUCUGAUAUCGCGGGUGGUGCGGGUGGCUCUGGAGACAAGGGUGAAUCAUCUCAGGGUGACCCAACGGAGGCUGUGACCGAAGCCAUGGACAAGCUGGAUUUCCGGGACAAGGGAAAGAGACGAGUGGACAGAGUCGACCCGGUGACUGGAGACGAGAUCAUCGAGGGCCCUGCACCGCAGCCGGCGGCCAAUAUCAAACCCGUCACCGGCCCAUCGUACGCCUUUGUCGCCGCAGAAAGAGGCAAGAUGGAGGGUCCAGACAAGAUGGGAAGUCCCAAGGCAGCUGCAGUCAACGAUGGGCCCCUGGCCAAUCUGUUUCGACCGGCCCCAGACCCAGAGCCAGCCAAGGACACCCUCAGCCUCACCCGCAAGCCCAACAACAGCAAGGAGAUCUUGCCUGACAGCCCAAGCCCGGGCCCUGAGCUUCCUCCAAUCCCCAGCCACCCAGGCAGAAGCCCCCGGGUCAAGCUCCCCCGGAUCCCCGAAGUGGGCAGCGAGGGCGUGCAGAAACCCAACCAGUCGCCUGCCAGACUUCCGGAUUUCUACUAUCCCUCCGCGAGCCCUCACACUCACACUUCCACUCCCCAAUCCACCACCACCACCGCAACCACCUACUGGCCCUCACACACCCAGACCCCAGGCACCACCGCAGCUUCACCCUCCUCCCCCCCCUCCAAAGAAACCACCCAGGAACCUCCCAAAACCAACCCCAACACCACUCCCACCCUCACCCACGCCCACCCCCUUCCCCCCAUCCCCCUCAUCCCCAUCAUCCCCUCCCCGACCCCAUUCCCAUCCCUCACCCCCCUCACCCCCACCCCUCGCCCCCCUCCAACCCCCAAACCAAAAUACACCUACAACCUCGACAGCGUCGGCUUCCCCUGCGGACUCCCCUCGUGCCCCGCCCGCUGCAACCUCUGGGACGGCGCGACGGUGAUCUGCCCCCGAUGCGGCCCGUUCAGCGCGACGCGAUACUGCAGCAAAGCGCACCUCCUCGCGGACAUCAAGCUGCACUGGGCGACGAGCUGCGGCCGCACCACGUUCCUGAACACCUGCAAUCCGACCUCGAUCCCGCGCGCCGUGCACGCCCAGCCGCCACUCAUCCCCUCGCUGCAUGGCUGCGAUACCCCCGAGAGACAUCGCCAGGCGGUGUAUUUCGGGAUGAAUGCCAACGAGGGCGAUUAUUUUGUUUUUAAGGACUGGGUGGAUUAUGCGCAGGGUAGGCCUGGUGGGGGUGGGGAGGGUGUGGAUGGAAUGGAUCUGGAAUCGAGAUGCUCGAAUGAGGUUAUCCAUGUGAUUAAGUUCGAGGAUGUCGACAUGAGAGAUCGGUUUCGACGGGUUUUGGCUGUUUGUUUGUUUUUAACAAUCGAAGUCCCCCGCUGCACAGACUACCUCUACCGGCUCCUCCGCGACCACCUCCGCCGCAGCCGCAGCACGCACCUCCUCCCGUCCCUGCUGCACCAGCUCUCACACGAGUUCCACGUCCAGAUCGAGCCGAGCCAGCGCCACGCCUGCGAGACGGACUGGGACGGCCGCAAUCGGCGCCACUGCACCAACGACGUGUGUCGCAGCGAGUACGUGCGGUGGCUGGGGUCGCUGGAUCGGCCCGGCAUCGGACGCUUCGUCGAGGUGCGCGAGGCGUCGCAUUGGGUGCUGCGGACGGCACGGAUCACCCACCCCGAGGUGAAGGGGAGUUGGGAGCGCAUGAUGGGCAAUGGCUGGGGACAGGAGGUUGUGGUGGGCGAUCGCAGGGUGUUUAGCCGGGGAGAGGGCUGGGAUGGGGUUGCUGGGCCGGUGGUGGGUGGGGAGGCCGGGUUGAGGGGGAUGGAGAUGGAGGAGUAA